UGGGCUGGGGUGUCUUGAAAACGGGCUUCUGGGCAGCAAAACCCUGCUUCAGGUGAGGGCUUGGUCCCCACAGCCCACCAGCUCUAUUUGAAAACGACAACUCCACCCACCUCUGGCUCCCAUUCAUGCUAAUUGCCAUCACACUCAAAGAACGCAGGUUUCCUAUUUUUUGUGACUUCCUCCCCUGAAUUUACUAUUUCAAAAAAGACACUAGCCCCGUCACAGUGUUGAUCUGGCUCGCUUCCUAUCCCCGCCAAAGGAAGAAAAUCAAAAAGCAACAGCUGCUGGCAAAUCCGCUCGGGCGCUGGGCGCCUCCUCCGCGCGCGUCUCCUGUUGCUUCUUCAAGCCUCACUUCCCUUUGCGAAGAGCUCGCGGAGAGGAGGGCGCGGGCGACAGCACAGGGGUCUGCCGCGAGGGGACCAGACGGAGAAGCCGGCGGACGCGCGGGCGACCCGGGAACCCAGCCGUCAGCCCCCUACGGGAGGCGGGAAAGCCGCAAGCCGCGCCCACCGCCCUGCCCCCAGCGCGCCACUCCCGGCUGCUAGGACUCUGCUUGUCCUCCUGGGAUCCGCUCGGAGGGGAUCCAACGCCUAGGCGCCAUGGAGACGGUGCUGAUCCUCUGCAGCCUGCUGGCCCCUGCAGUGCUGGCUAGUGCUGAGAAGGAGAAAGAAAACGACCCUUUCUAUUACGACUACCAGACUCUGAGGAUUGGGGGCUUGGUGUUCGCUGUGGUCCUCUUCUCCGUUGGGAUACUCCUCAUCCUAAGUCGCAGGUGCAAGUGUAGUUUCAAUCAGAAGCCCAGGGCUCCAGGGGAUGAAGAGGCCCAGGUGGAGAACCUCAUCACUACAAAUGCUACGGAGCCCCAGAAGGCAGAGAACUGAGGUGCGGCCUCCAGCAGGAAGCCUCCAGAAGCCAAGGCCAGCUGCCUGACACUUUCGAGGCUGACGUCAAGGCUUGAGAAAACCGGCUACUUCAUGCCAGACCUUUCCCUAGGAGAAGCCAAGAACAUGAGUUCCCCGUGCCUCUCUCUGUCCCCACUAACCCCAGUCCUGUACUUGAUGCAACGCUCACAGCCCUUCCUUUCUCACUGCAGCCGGGGUCUGGCCCCUUUCUGUGCUGUGUCUGUGUGUGUCUGAUGACUGUGGUCUGUGGCUACUCAUUCGUGGAUUUCAUUGUUCCGGUAAACUGUGUGCUCCCUUUCCUGAGGGGCUUGGCCAUUUUGCCCUCAGCGCCUUGUGACCGUCUCCUGUGGCCUCCAUCCCCUCUUGCUCUCUGCAGUCUGUUCUGCCUAUGAGGAGCCCUAGCCCCAUGUCUGGAUUUAGGCUGGAGGGAGAGUUGUUCCCAGAGCAGGAGCCCCAGGCUGUUUUAGGACAAAGAAACUUUGUAUAAUCUAAACUGAGCUUCUUCCGGGACUCUCCGAAGAAACUUGCUCCAGACUCCAACCAAUUUAGAAGGUCUGUUAGCAGCUGGAGAUUUGGAGGAUUGCCUUCCUGCAGGCUCUGUCUGCCCUCCUGAGGUCAUUUUCCUUUCAGGGUGUCCACUUCAGAGAACCAAUCUGCCCUACCCUUUGCGGAGUGCCCAGGAAUUCCAGGUCCAGGGCUUCUUGCCUCUGGGGAACUGUGCUCCUCACAUACCUUCUGAGCAAUAGACCCAUAGGCUCUGGAAUGCCCCUGCCUUUGCCCACCUUCCCUGCUUUUGAGACUUCGAUCUCCAGUCCAAUUCAUCUGACCUGAAGUGGGUCUCUGGCAGCCCAGGGGAUGCCUCAGAGAGGUUGGAUUGGGGUGGGUCCGGCAGCCUUUGCAGUUUCCUUUCCCUGCCUGUCGGGUGAAAGUGGAGAGCGAUGGCAAGAUGCAGGAGCAGGGCUUUGGGUCAGAGGAGCACCCGGGUAUGCACAGCCCAAAUGCUGAGCAAACGCCAGAAAUCAAAGGUCAUGGGAGUAGAAACUCAAACCAGACCCUGCCCCACCUGUCCAUUGUGUUCCCUUGGAAACUAACCAAGUCACACUGUGUACCGGGACUGCUGAUCUCUGUCUUGUGAUCUAUCUGACAACAGAAAAAUUAAUAAAUAAAUAAAACAUUGUUUCCUAGUGGC